AUGGAUUUCUCUGCUGAACCAGUGGACCUAGUCCCUAUUUGGGUAAGGAUGCCUGGCCUGAACCUGAAAUACUGGGGACAAAAGGCUCUUAUGAAGCUGGCUUCACUGAUUGGGAAGCCUAUUAGGACUGAUAAGGUAACUGCUACUAAGGAAAGACUGGAGUAUGCCCAGAUUAUGGUGGAGGUUAAAUUCAAUGCUGAGUUACCAGAAUGCAUUGAGUUCCUUGAUGAGCUUGGUAACACAGUCAAGCAGGAGGUGAAUUAUCAAUGGAAGCCUAGGGUGUGUAGGGUGUGUGGUGGGAUUGGACAUGAUGAUGCUCAAUGUCCUAACCAUAAAGUGCAAGCUAGGAAAAUGGAGGGGCUGCAGGCUGGGAAAUAUCAACAGCUCAAUAAACAAAAGAAGAAGCCUCAAAGAGUAGGGAAGCCAAUUAAAAAGCCUGAUAUUCAGAACCAGAAUAAUGGGAACAGGACAAACACCUUGAAUGGUGGCAUGCAGACUGAUGAUAUUUGUCAAAGACCUCAGUUAGUGCAGUCUGGUCUAAAUAAAGCCAGCAAGCUCUGUAAUGUCCUAUGGUUUAUUGGACACCAUGGAGUGGGUUUAUUUGGACUUCUUGAAACAAAGCUGAAGGCUGUGAAGUUUGGUGAUGUUUUUAAUAGGUUUGGAAGUGAAUGGUCUGUUUGUGCUAACUAUUGCUACCAUAAAGGAGGUAGAAUUUGGGUGGUUUGGUUAUCUCAGUUUUUUGAUGUGAAUGUGGUAAGAUGUGCAGCUCAAUUGAUUCACAUUUGGGUAGCUCACAAAGCUACUGGUGUGAAUUUUAAGUGUACUAUGGUUUAUGGUUUGAAUACUGCUUGA